AAAAAGAGAGAAAAAGAUUCAUUCCAACACAAACUGUGACUGUUAAGCUGCGUCACCCUGAUAGCUAACUAGCUGCAUGUUUACGCCGGUGGUUCAAUACAUUCGUGAAAUCUUUUGUUGUGUGUCAAGCCAAGCCAAGCCAAGCCAAGCUGGCUAGCUAGUUAGCCUCCGGUACGUGCAGUUCUUCACUCUACGGGUGAAAAGGGAUGACCUGAUGACAUCAACAUUGGACUUCUUUGACCUGUUCCAGCAUCAUCCCAGCUCUGUCGGUUAGGACGAAUCUCCCACAUCUUACCAUCUGCCAAGCCCUGUUGUCCCCCCACCACCCUGAGCCUGCCACAUCCUCAUCCUUCAGAGUCCAGCCCCACAGAGAACCUCUGCAAGCGUCUUUCCACAAAAAGAGACAAUGUAUUGCCUACAGUGGCUCCUCCCCGUGCUGCUCAUCCCCAAACCGCUGAACCCAGCGCUGUGGUUCAAUCAUUCCAUGUUCAUGGGCUUCUACCUGCUCAGCUUCCUGCUGGAGAGGAAGCCCUGCACCAUCUGUGCCUUGGUCUUCCUGGCUGCCCUUUUCCUCAUCUGCUAUAGUUGUUGGGGCAACUGCUUCCUGUACCACUGCCAGGACGCUGCACUGCCGGACGCUGCCCACGACCCAGCGAUUGUUGGGACCUAGGAGAGAAACGGGGGAGAGAUAGCGGAGAGGGGAAAGGGAGGAGGUGUGUAGGGUGAUUUAGGCAUUGCUGGGGAAUUACUGUAGGAUGAUACCGCCAUGCUGUGAGAGGGGACGGACUAUACUUUCGGGGUGGGUGAGCAGUGGAGAGGCGGCGCCGAAAGACUGCUGUAGCGUUAUACCGCCGAGAAUACACAAGCGGUACUGAGGAGGAGAAGAGCCAGUUUUGGGGGGGUUAUGGGGGCUGGUUUGCCAUGCUGUAAAGAAAAGCAGACUUAAAUUUGAGGUGGUAGGAGGAGAGGAGGGGGAAUUGAUAUCCGAGGAGACAUUAUGUGAACUUUUAUGUAAGAAGCAGUUAAGGGGGGGCAUCAAAACUUGAAACGCUAAGGGAAGGACACGUGUGAACUUGGGGAUAGAAAAAUUUCACUUUCAGCAAACUUCAUUCCAGCAUUUGAAUGAAAACUAAGCAGUAUACACACCACAUGCUAAGGCAACCUAAGGUCACCACUGUCUUUCAGUAUUCUGGUUCCUUUCUAGCCCACUGACCUGUUUACUUCAACAAGAGAGAUUCACGUUCUCCAAAAACCCGUUGGGUCAACUUUUUGGAAUAAAAACGUUCUCGAUCUCAAACUGCCAAAAAUCACAUAACCCCACUGAAAUCUGCAGACAGAGCCUGGACGUUUCAAGUUUCACUGGCAGCCGUGCUCGCUCAUCAGUCCUCACACUUGUUGACAAACUUGAUACACCAGGUAGAGUUAAACCUGCCUUUCGCAGUCCAACCUAACCAAACUCUGUGGCCACUUUGGCUCGGCAGACGUAAUGCUACCCUCCACAAGGAGAGCACACUAACACUGGACAAUCAAUAACUAUGCUGUGAAUAAUUCCCCCAUUGCCGCAUCGCCACAAGCACACACACACACACACACCUUAUAAGGUGAAAUAAUGCGGAGAAACUGUCCCAUGGCUAUUACCCACUGGGCUCUGCAGCUGCCCGUCUCCUUGUCUUCCUCGUCUCCUCUUCCUCCUCUGAACUUCCCCUACCGACACACACAAAAGAUCAUAUAUAUAUAUUUUUUUUUUCUUGUGCAUGGUUUGCCAUUUUUUUUUUAUUUUUUUUUUUUUCCUUGCAUUAAGUUCACACACACAUUUUAGUGAAUUUAAACAAAAUGCUGAAAGUUUCCAAAGGGUAGAAAAAUCUUGGUGUGUGUGUAGGGUGGAUGAAAGAUUUGUGUUACGUGCGAUAGGUGUGUAUUUUUUUGUGUUCAUGACAUGCUGAUAAGCGUAAAAACGUGGUGAUGCACAAGGAAACAAACAGUAGAUGGUCAGUAUUUCCAGACACAGUAAGCAAUACAGAGUGCUGGUGGAGGAAAUUGGUAUCCAGUUCUCAUUGACGAGACCUUUCCUGGUAAUCCAAAGGGCAAAACAUUCCUUGUGUAUCACUGCUGUAAGUGUUAUGUUUAGCUGUCAUACACAGGCUAAGGUGUUAAUACUGUGUACCUAUUGGCGCGUGUGUGUGUGCGUGUGUGUGCGCGUGCGUGUGUGUGUGUGUGUGUAGCCUUCUGUCGCAGUGCAGAACAUGCCCACUGCUUCAUGAUUGCUUUGGUUUUAAUUUAAAUAAAGUUUUUCCUCUCAACGUGUUAA